CGGUUAAUGUCUCGCGUAGCUUCCCGCUUUAUUUCUAUUCCUAUUGGUUUUGAAAUAGUCAAAGCAAGUUUGUGAAACUGUGAUCAUACAAAAGCAAAUAAUUAUUUUUAAAUCGUAGAUUACAAAUACAAGUUACUCUAAGUAAUUAAGUGAAUGUUACGUGUGUUUUUCUAAGGAUUUUAAACACAAAAAAUGGGCAAAGACGACAAAGAAGAGACCGGCUUCGGAUUCAAGGACAGGGCGAAGGCCGAGGACACCCUGAGGCUACUGGAGCAGCACGACAUGAACUAUAGACGGUUGACCGUAACGGGGCUUCUGAGGAGGGCCAAGAGAGUCUUAACCAUGACGAAGGCGGAAGACAAAAUAAAGAAUAUAAAAGAAGCCAUGGAGGUAUUCGAGAACUGGCUGGCCGACCUCAACAAGGACAAGACUGACAAAGACGAGAAGAGAACGGAGAAGAAGGAGACUAAAGUUGAAAAGAAUGGUGAUGACAAGGAAUCGAGUUCCGACGAGGAAAUGGAGGAGAGACCGGCCAAGAGGGACCUCCCAGCGGACAAGGUCCCGAACCUCGGGUUCAAAGAUGUGGACGCCGCUCGGAACACUCUCAAGGAGCUGGAGGGGAGGGACCCAGAUUAUCAGCAGUUAGCUGUCAAGGGACUGAUCGGGAGUGCUAAGAGGGUGCUCACUUGCACAAGAGAUGAAACGAAGCUGUCGAACAUUAAGGAAGCCAUAUCUGUCCUGGAGAAGUUUCUGGAUGACUUCGACUCAUUACAUCUGAGCAAGCAGAACAAUCCUUACUUAUCUCUGGGCAUCGUCAGAACAGCUGCUAAAUUAGCCGGAGACAAUGUAACUGAUCAGCAGAAAUCCUUCAUAGCGGCGUACGCGUCCGUGAACGGCGAGUACAAGCGCCUGCGCACGGUGAAGGCGGAGGGCAGCGACAAGACAUGGGACAUCGUUAGGAACUCUGUUCUCAAGGAGUUGAAAGAGAAACACGCCGAAGCGAAACUAUUCAGUGAGAAAGAUGAACCGACUUCUGAACAUCUGCAACUACUGCUCUGGGCGUACUCACCCGAGCAGGCCAAGGUGAAGAAGGUUGUAUCUGAAACUAAGGAAGAGAAGAAUGAAGGGGAAAGCAGAAAACGUAGAAGCAGCGCCAGAGAUGAAGAAUCUAGCAAGAAGAAGAAAGAGUGAUGUUUACUUAAAUAAAUGUUUUUGAAAAGUUA